GACUAAGUCGUCCAAGUGCGUGAAGUGCGACAUUUUCACUAUUUUCAGUUCAUUUUGUUUCCGUCCGAUUCGUCUCGGUUGAGCAAGAAUCCGGGGACCGGGACGAUCGAAAGUCAGGAAUUGACAGUCGACAGUGGAAGGGAAUUGAUAAAGUGGGCGAUCAAUUAUCAAACGGGAGGUUACAGUCUGGUUACGAUUUUGAGGUUAUUCCAGACGGAAGAUGAGCUUUGCAGUCAAUCUUGUGAGAAAAACUCUUCCAAGGGGAUAUCUUCAAGCGGGGAUUCACACGACAGGAUGCAAACAACUUUUCUGGGAGAAGGAUAUGAAAGGAGGAUACGGGAAACCUUCGAAAGUCGGCUGGGCCCAAAUUGUGAAAGAGGGUUUCAAAGAAUUGAAAACUGAAUUCAAGCUCUUCACCCAGGAAGUAAAGGAGAAGUUUGUGGCCGACCCAAUCCUGGCUUACCCUCCAGGUGUCGUUGACAAAAUCUGGACAAUUAGAGAACAAAAUGAUCUAGACACUUGGAUUACAACUUGUGAUUCUGACCAUGGGGAAGGGUUCAGCUCUUGCAGUUUGAUUCUCAAUAACGGGCAUGGUUUGUUUUCUGGUAACCUCAGCACAGACUUUCCGAAAGACGGUAAAAUCAAAAGGUCUGGCUACUGCACAGUCAGAACAAAAAGAAUGAGGAAGUCUUUUAAAAGAGAUGCUUAUCUUGAUUGGAACCCUUAUAAUCACCUUGUAUUGAGAGUUAGAGGUGAUGGGAGAUCGUACAUGCUAAAUAUAUCAACUUGCGGCAUCUUUGAUCAGAUGUGGAAUGAUGUAUAUCACUAUAUACUAUUCACCAGAGGCGGUCCUUACUGGCAAAUAGUAAAAAUUCCCUUUUCCAAGUUUUUUCUGUCAAGUAAAGGAAGAAUACAAGACAUCCAGUCUGAAAUGCCUCUUGGAAAUAUAAGCCACUUUGGCAUCACAGCUGCUGACAAGGUGAACGGACCUUUUUCGUUAGAAAUCGAUUAUAUCGGUCUUGAGAAUGUACCCUCUCACGAGGAAACGACAGCCUACGAAAUGUAUAAGACUUACAAAAACAUCGCUGCAAAUUAGUUUUCCUAUUGAACAAAAUGUGAAUAGUGUCACAAGUUUUACAAUGUAAAUAAAUACCAUUGUUGUAUGUUGAA